CGCACAAGAAGACGAUCACACAUUCACAAAGGUCCUCUUUUUGAGGUCAUGUGCCAAAUUGUGGUACAAUGAAUGAAGAUGAAGAUUUUGCAAAUCAGCAACAAGAGCAGCAAGAUGCUUUGAAUGCCGCUCUAGAAAUUGCAGCAGCAGCAGCGGCAGCAGCUCAACAAGAUGAAGAGCUGGCAGAUGUUGAAGGUGAAGAAAUAAAUGGUACACAGGAGGGAGACAUACAUGAUGGGGAUCAUCCUCUAGAACAAGAAGCUGAUCCGGCAUAUGUCAUUGACAAUUUACAACCAAAAUUCGAGAUGCAAGGAGAGCAUGUAAUCCAUCCAGAUUUUGAGACAGGGCACCCGGAGAGCAUCGAUCAGUCCCAAAGUGCGGAUAUUUACCAACAAGAAGGCGACAUUGAAGCAUCAGAAGGCCCUCUGGAUACUAUCACACCGGCAAAUGGAGAAGAUCAAGCGCAAGAAGCAGGACAGAUUGAGAAUGGAAUGACUGGACCGGAUUCGGAAGCAGGUAAUAUUGGACAAUAUGAAGAUCCAUCCGACACAUUAGCUGAUAUGAGCGGACUACAACAAGCUGAACAAGAAAGCAAUGAAAUCGAAUCUGCUAAUCAGUUCGAUCAAAAUGAGGGUAACGAAGUGGCAUCCAGCUCUCGCUCUGUAAUGCAGCAAUCACAGAAUAAUCGGUCACUAACGCAUCAUUCGAAAAGACGGAAAAUCAAUACAUGCCUUCCAUGCAAGAGAAGAAAGGUAAAAUGCGAUAGAGAAAAGCCGUAUUGCGGUCAAUGCAAAAAGUCACAGAUACCCGAAGAAGAAUGCACUUGGAGCGCUCCAGUCGAUCACAAUUCUAUCACAAGCGGCACUUCUUCCCUAACGCCAUUUCCCUCAACGGCUGACACCUCAUUGAACAAUGGCAAUAACUCUCAGUGGCUUCUCCCAACUUCCGACACACCAGUCUGGAACGGAAGCUUAUCUGUCAGCGGACAAGCAGCAGAGAGUGUACAAGCACUCUUAGAACGCAUCGUAACAUUGGAGUCAGCAUUGGCAGCUUCACGCAGUCAGAAACCUAUAAACGGGAGUAGCGGAGAAUGGUCUGACGAGAAGGUGUCACUAGGCUCCGGAGAUGCAAGGGGAAUAGCUGCCGAUGCUCUAGCAAUGAUUGCACGACAGAGUGGGGAAGACAGUCUAGGAGUUGCUAAUCGUCAUAGCAAGAUCACUUACAAGAGGCUCUUUGCGCAAGCCAGCCUGACAUGGCCAUCUAUGUCAGCUCUAUCGUCCAGAGUCAGGGACGAUCUCACUCUAUUACCUGAUGUGAAAGGUCUCUUUGGAGCGUUGCAAGCAUUAGAUGCAGUUCAGCAACAUGGGAUCUUGCUUGGCGUGCCCAUAGCAUUGGUGGAAGCACAAUUGGCAUUCUUAAUCACUCAAUCCAGUCUACCAGCCGAUCAAUUUCCAGCUAUUGAUUUGUCUGCUGUCGCCCUGUUCUACUACCUGCUCGCAGUUUCAGUCGAUCUGAUGUCGACGGAGCAAGCGAUUCUGUUGGAACUUGUGGAAAAUGAAGAAGCAAUUCCAGGGGUCAUUGACAUUUGGAUCGAAACAGCCGAUCAUAUCAUGCAAGAGAUGCAGUACGACUCUCGACCAAAUCUCAAUAUCGUAAUCACUUUACUGCUGAAGCGUCAAUUCCAAGCCUCUCGUGGCAACGAGAAUGCAGCAUCAGUUGCUCUGGGUAGUUGUAUUUUACUAUCGCGUGGUAUGGCGAUCGAUAAGAUUGGUUCGCAAAAAGAUGAUCUUUCUACCUGGGAGUCGUCCUCUGACAACAAACGUCAACCGGAUAGUUGGCAAAUGGUGAUCGAUCAAGCACAAUUUAUGAAUCCACUUUUCUCUGAAGAUUCCAACCUGGAUUCGCAAUCGAUCUCGAAGUUGCCUUGGCUAUCGCCACGAAAUGCAUUGGUACGCGAGGCAGCACGUCAAGUAUACACAUAUCUAGCCCUGCAGGACUGGACAGCCGAUGCUCUAUCCACCAUGUCGAUCUCGCCCUCGGAGAACAUUUCUUUACCCUUGCCUUUGGCACCGAACACCGUCACAGAGGAGUACAUCCUAAACGCCGAGAGUGACGAAUCAACUCCUUCUGUAUUGCACCUCCUCCGUUAUUGCUUUAAGCUUUCGCACAAAUUGGCUUGCUGGAAGCGUGAUGGACGAGUAAGCGGAAUGUCAGCAAACAAUACGGAGACGGAAAGGGCUUUGCUGGACGAGUUCCGCCCCACAUUCCUCAGAAAUGAUUACGUUGCAGCCGAAGAGGAUGAUCUUACGAGAAUUCUACAUUUGCGGCUUGUCGCUGAUCUAGUGUUGCAGUAUUGCUUGUUCACUGUUCGCAAAAGCGACAGCAGUCUCGCAGAACAAAGUAUAGAUGCAGCCGAAAAGAUCUUGCAAACAAGAUCUAUGCUCGGCUUGGAUUUCUUGGCACCGCUUCAUAAAUUCUUUUGGAUUCAGCGUUAUACACUUGAAGCUGCAGUGAUGAUUGUCAUUUAUCUGCAUCAAUAUAGCGCCCAUCUUAGCGAAGAAAGAAGACAAGCUUUACAAGCCUUGAUCGAUGAUGCAUAUGCUCAACCUGGAUUCGAGAAUGCACACAGCCUUUUAUCGCUAAGCUUUGAUGUGGUUCAAGUCUCUCCUGAACAGAAAGGCGAAGAUGAGACAAGUCUCAGCCCUGGUAUUCCAAUGGAUAAUCUGCCAACAGUCUUGGGCGGGAUGAUUCUAUCAAACGGAAAACGUUUAGCCUCUUCUCAUCCGAUUGUUGUUGGAUUACGUAUGUUUGUCGAUGGACAAUCUCUGCCUUACGGAUCGACACAAGAAACAUUAGACUUUUGGGAUGCUAUGCAACGAUAUUGUCAACUUUUCCUGAUCGGAUGAGUGUUUCCUAUGUCGUUACCAUGUAUUUUUCUUGCACUUGUAUUGGUAUUUGUCUAUUCUUUAUACUUUUAUUUUGUAUUAAUACCCCUUGGAACACAAAGCAAUUAUCAAUGCAAU